AUAAUCGAAAAAUUGCAGAUCGUGUUGGCGGUUCUGUAGUCCCGGGGCGACGCGACGUGAUCCGGGAUCAAUGGAUGAAUGCGAGGCUGAGCAGGGUCUGGCUGGGGUGGAUGAAGGCAGAACGAGAGACUGCGAUGGCGAGCCUAGCACCCCUCGGACGUCCUCUGGCGAGUUGGCGGGACAUCUAAAUGACUUGGUGGAAGCGUCAGCGAGAGACGCGGACAACCAAGUGGCCAAUGUCGUUUUCGUGAAAACACACAAGACUGGGUCUACUACUCUCGCGGCCGUUUUCUACCGCUACGCGGUGCGACACAAGCUCAAGCUGGCGCACUUCGGAAAGGGAAAAGGGACGAUCGCCAACCUCAAGAAGGCAGCCACUCAGACCAGGAAAAGCGGAGAACUCGUUGACGUCAUGCACUACCACAUCUCCCACAGCGGCGAGUACACGGGCACAUGGCCCCAAGCGGAGAACUACUUCCGGAGGAUCAUGCGGCAUCCAGACAGCAUCAACUACGUGACGGUUUUGCGGGAACCUCGAUCACAUCUUCUCAGCUGCUACUAUUUCUACAUAUUUCCGGAAUGCGAGCUAUCCAUCGAGGACUACUUGAUGGACCCGGCCCACGCCGGAGACGAGAACCGGCACCGCCUGCGCAACCCUCUGUCGGCCGAGUUCGGGGUGAAGACGGCAAAAGAGAUGAACACCUUCAUCGUAAACCACCUUCCGGACUUCAAGCUGGUCAUGCUGACAGAGCGAAUGGACGAGAGCCUGGUGCUUCUGCGAAGCCUGCUCGGCUGGCACAUGAUUGACGUUACCUACGCCUCCCUCAACGCGACAAGAGCGGGUGCGAGACGUUACGAUGGCAAGCCGUUGAUCGAUCGCCCCGACUUCUGCCACCUUUCCGAGGAGGUGCAAGCCAGGAUCGACGAACUGACCAUCCUAGACCAAGCCCUCUAUGACGCGGGCAAAAAAGAAUUCGAAAAGCGGUUGUCGAGCACGUCCACUUCAUUUCAAGCCGAACUGGCCGGCUUCCAAGAACUGCAAGACAACGUUUGCACUUACCUGGAAGGGAACUCAUCGGGCUUAGCCCGUGAGAUGUAUCGAAGCAUGGACGCGGUCUACACGGAUCCCCCCCCCGCGUAUCAUUUCUGAUGCACGGAGUGCUCUCCUAAGGAGCAUGUGUAUCUUCCCGAAACGCGAUGACGUUUUCGAAUCUUAAGUAGGAGUAAUCCGUUUAGUGGCUGAUCAUGGUUGUGGAAGGGAAAACGCACGCGAGCAUGACAACUUGUCGAGUCACACAGGUAACUGUUGUGCUGGUUGUCUCCGUACACUUGCGCGUUAGGUUCGGCGUAGGACAGAUGGGCAGUGUGCACAAUGCGCCAUUGGCCAUUUUCCCGCACCAUAGUACUGUUAGGGGUGCCAAUCGGUCAAAUUUCCUAUAGGAAAAAAUUUCAAAAAGUGACCUGGAUCUUCCAGAUGGAAAAUCGCUCGAGCCAAUCAAAUCACAUAGAACGCUCCUGAGCAAUGCUGCACCCAGCGGCGCUCGCCGCCUCGCGCUGUCUACUUUCGAUCAACUCCUGCUCCUUUUCUACCAGCGCUUUCUGCGCGACGGCAACACCGCCCCUUUCGACCGCGCGCUGUGUGUGCGCUGCUCCGGCCGCGUCGGCAAAGGUCCGCCCCUCCCGCUCUAUGUAUUUGCGUUCGUUUUUCUUGAGGUUGCGACGAAAUCGAUUUUUUCCUCCCGCGCCGAAGGCCGAGCGUUUGCGUUUUUGGGGGACCUCGACCGCGGUGGUUGGCGUGCUUGACUGGCCAUUUUCAGACACGCGGUUCUCGCUGGUAGUUUGUGCGAUUCUAGUUCGGUUUCUUGCGUUGUGUCGCUGAAAACCCGAGGCUGUCCGCUGCGGAUCCGCUGUUCUACGAUCACCAAACGCGGCCACGAGCGUGAGCCUUCAAACCGAAUUUCAUAGGGUUAUCUGUGUUGUUCGCCCGCCCUUUGAACGUCAGUAGAAAACGAACCCGCAGUCACGUGUAGAUGACCUGUCUCCAGAUGUGUGUAACGUAUGAAGAGCCAGAUCGCUGCCUGGACGUAGGGACUGUUGAACAAACAUACGGAGG